AGGACAGCUGGGGAAGAAGGCAGGCUCCAGCAGCUCUCCCUCAGUUCAUUUCACCAUGACACCCCAGGAGUCGAGAUAAGGAGCUGCCGCCUGAGUCUCUGAUAGUCUAUGAGGAUGCCCUUUUGCAAAGGGGCUGCUGGUCAAUAUAUGGAUAUAUUCCCUCCACAGGGGAUAGAGUGAGAGAGAGGGAGGGAGAGGAGUGGGACUGAGAUUUACUGGGUGCAGUAGAGAUUCUCCAUGUAAUCACUACUCUUAAAAUAUGCCCAAGUCUCUCUGCUAACUGGUACCAGAGGAGAGCCUUCAUUUUGCAGCAUGUGUGUAGGGGAGCAGGAUAUCUGGAAGCAGCCUGUGUCAGGGUGAGUUAACCCUGCUCUGAUGCCAUUUCGGAUGUCCCAGUGAGAACGCUCAGAAAUGCCUAUUGUCUCGGGAGGCAGCAAUCAGGACUAUAGUAACAUUAGCUACGGUUCUUGUAGUUCCUUGACCCAUCUGUUCCCUAUCUCUGUUGACACCCCUUCUGUCAAAGGGGUCCACUAUCAAAGGGCAAGGAGGAUUUACCACCCUGAUCAGCUCUGUACAGUUGAUGUGAAGAGGGAGAUCAUAAUAAAUGUUGGAGGAAUCAAAUACCUGCUGCCUUGGAGCACUUUAGAUGAAUUCCCACUGACCCGGCUAAGCAAGCUAAAGUUUUGCAGCAGCUACAAUGAAAUUAUUCAGCUGUGUGAUGAUUAUGAUGAAGACACCCAUGAGUUCUUCUUCGACCGGAAUCCCAACGCUUUUGGGAUGAUCGUCAGCUUUCUAGCAGCAGGGAAGCUGAUGCUCUUCCGAGACAUGUGUGCCUUGUCAUUCCAGGAGGAGCUGAGAUACUGGGGAAUUGAGGAAUCCAACUUGGAGAAAUGCUGCUUCCGAAAACUGUUUCAAAAACUGCAGGAGCUGGCAGAGAUGCACAAGGAGGAAGAGAUGCAAAUGAGUAAGGAGACCACAUGUGUCUUGGUUGAGGAAACACAAUUUGGCCAAUUUAUGAAUAAACUCAGGGAUAUGGUCGAAAAUCCCCAGUCGGGACUCCCAGGAAAAGUCUUUGCUUGUCUCUCCAUCCUCUUCGUGGCUACCACAGCUAUAAGCCUUUGUGUUAGCACAAUGCCGGACUUAAGAGCCGAAGAAGACAGGGGUGAAUGUUCUCAGAAGUGCUAUUACAUCUUUGUCAUCGAGACCAUCUGCGUGGCUUGGUUCUCGCUGGAGCUCUGCCUCCGAUUCAUUCAGGCGAAGAGCAAGUGUCACUUCUUCAGAGGCCCCCUAAAUAUCAUUGAUUUCUUGGCUAUUUCACCCUAUUAUGUUUCCCUCAUAGUGGUAGAUGACGAGCCAAAUGAGGAGGCCGAGAGGCCGAGCACCAACUCAUAUUUGGAGAAGAUUGGACUGGUGCUACGAGUCUUACGUGCCUUGAGGAUCUUGUAUGUAAUGCGCCUUGCCAGGCACUCAUUAGGCCUGCAGACUUUGGGGCUCACGGUUCAAAGGUGCACCCGAGAAUUUGGCCUGCUUUUGCUCUUCUUGUGUGUAGCUGUCACCCUGUUUUCUCCCCUGGUCUACCUGGCUGAGAAUGAAUCUGGGAAGGUCCUUGAAUUUACAAGCAUUCCUGCCUCAUACUGGUGGGCUAUCAUCUCAAUGACCACUGUGGGAUAUGGAGAUAUGGUACCAAGAAGUGUCCCGGGCCAGAUGGUGGCGCUGAGUAGCAUCCUCAGUGGGAUUCUAAUUAUGGCUUUCCCAGCAACCUCGAUAUUCCACACUUUCUCCCAUUCCUAUUCAGAGUUGAGAAAACAACAUGAAAGAUUACAGUCCCGACUAAAAAGGAUAAAAAACACCAAUCAUUCUAGUGAAAUUGAUACCUUCAAUGAGACAGACAGCUUGAUUUCAGAGAUGCCAACGUCACCGAUUAAGUACAUUUACACAGGAAACUAAGGCUUGCUGCAAAAUAUGUCUGAGUAUAUGAAUAAAGCAAAGCAACAACAUGGGGGACUUACCAUGUGCAAUGCAAUUGCUGAAAUGGGUGCAAUAAAUUGACCAAGUCAAACAGAGUCUUACAAUACAUCACUACGGACUUAGUCUUUCAUCACGUUGACUAAGGAAGUCAAAGGUCAGGGGUUAUUCAACAACAGAUAUUUAUUAAGCACUACCAUUCUCUUCUUAUUGGUAAACGUAGCGAUAAAGUCCAACUUUGUUUAUAUCGUAUGGAUAUCCUGCUGAAUCCCUAACACUGAAUGAGUAGCAAGCAGAAUUUUUCUGGCCUAAAUAACAAUUGUUCUUUUGUUUGCCUUUGAAUUUCCAAUGUUCUUUGCAAUUAACACCUGGAGCUAAGCAUUAGAAUGGAUUCUUGUAGGGCUAUGCGUUAUUGCCCUUUUUACAAUACUCAUCAACUGGCACAUAGAAGAGUCCUUGAUAUCAAUACAUAUCUAUAUCCAAGGGCACCAACAAGCUUAAAUAAAAGUUUUUAAAGCUUGACUUACAUAAUCCCAUAAAAGACUUUGCUUAAAAUGCAAUUUCAAUCUGCCAUCUGUAAACAUUUCACACUAGAUACAAAAAGUUUUCAGACUUUUUUCUUACAGAUACUCGACUCAGAUAAUGACGAAAGAAUAAAAAAAGCUUAGUGACUAAAAGAGAGGAAUCAAUGUUAUCCUGUUUUUUGGAGUGUGAUGAUGUGUCACCAUGUAAGAAAGGUUAAAAAUAAAUCUAGCCGACAUGAUAGCACUCUCUAAAUAUUCAAAAGGCAUAAAUAUCAACCAGUGAAAUGAAUUAUUUAGGGUGGGACAAGGGUGUAGUUAGGAAUGAGGCGAUUAAACAGGAAAGGGUUGGGUUGAAUAUCAGGAAACAUUUCCAGAAAGGUAUUUGGUUUGUUUUCCUACAGUAAAUU